AUGGCUGGGAAGAAGGCACAUCCCAUCAAGCGGGAUUGGUACUGGAAUCACAACGAUCGCUACGAAAUUUGGCACAGUCUCGACUGGCCUUCUGUUCGUCGUGGGCGCCAGAUCUACACGGAGGUGUUUGCUCCAUGUCAUCCUUUGGGUCGCAUGACCUUUACGCACUUCCAGGGAUUCAUGACCCGCGAGGAAAUCAAGCAGUUGGCUUCUCAGUAUGAAGUAAUCGAUUCCGAACCCGACGCCCAGGGUAUGUUGAACCCCCGCCCUGGAAAGCCGACAGAUACACUUCCCCUGCCGUUCCCAAACCAGCGUGCCGCGCAGUUUGCAAAUAAUGGUUCAGAGCCACCAGAUCUGCAGCAUUCCGUAUUUGGUAAGGAUGGCGGUCCUGACUACAUCUUUUCUCUACUUACAGGUUACAACUGGGGCAACGGAGAGCUUCUCGAGAUACCGCCGUUCGCUCCAGAGCUGAAGCCAGGACAAUUCUGGAAUCCGUACUUCAAGGACUGCGUCCUUUCCAUGCCACCCCCACUCUCAGAUGGGAUGGUGGACUUCGAGGAUGGCACACCCGCAACAACGAGCCAGAUGGCGAAAGAUGUGGUAAGUUUCUUGCGUUGGUCUGCAGAGUCGGAGUACGAUGACCGCCGUGUCAUGUUCUGGAAGACGUUCACUACUCUGGGCCUUGUGAACUGCAUCCUUCUGCACUACGGACAGAAGAAUACCAACUGGCGUAUCUACGGACGGACAACCUUCCGUUACUGGAAGAAGACUUGGUAG